ACAAAUCCCAGAAGAAGAACUGUAAUAGGAAUUGCAUGUAAUUACCACCGAGCUUUAUCACUUGUUCUCAUAUUUUCUUCAUUAUCAACAUGCAUGCAUAAUGCAUACCUUAAAUCCUUAACACAUGCAUGCGUGCUGCAACAUUGCUGAGGCCUUUUAAUCUUCACAAACUCCAUCUUUUAUCAAUUUCAUUUUAAAAAAAAAAAAUCCUAAAAUGUUCAGAAACAAAACACUAAAGAUGAAUGCAAGAAAAAACCUACAUCUAGAACAAUCAGCAAAGCUCUUGGCAAGCAUUCCGAAACCAUCAUUGCUAGUUUACGAUCGCGAGACCACCCCUUGGUGGAAGCAAAUUCUGGACCCUAGAAGCGAUAUGGUCAGGAGAUGGAACUACUUUUUUCUGCUCACCAGCAUUGGCUCUCUUUUCUUGGACCCUCUCUACCUUCUGCUUCCUUCUGUCACCGCGGAGUCGGUCUGCAUCAGCAUGGACUUAGCCAUGCGGAUCCUCCUCACCUUCUGGCGCUCUGUCGUUGAUAUCUUCUCUAUUAUGCACAUUUCCAUGAAGUUUCGGUUGGCUUAUGUUGCGAAAGACUCUAAGGUUUUUGGAAGGGGAGAGCUUGUCAUGGAUCCACGAAGCAUUGCCAUUCGGUACUUAAAAACUGACUUUAUUUUUGAUCUAGCCGCUUCAUUUCCUCUGCCUCAGAUCCUGAUCUGGUUUGUGAUCCCAGCAACCACACAUAAUACGGCUAGUCGCGAUAACCACUCGUUGUCUCUGGCUAUAAUGCUGCAGUACAUUCCACGGAUUCGGUCUAUUUUUCCUUUAACGCGACAAAUACUUAAAACCUCGGGGUCUCUAGCACAGACUUCCUGGGCAGGAGCAGCCUAUAAUCUUAUGCUUUAUGUUUUAGCAAGUCACGUUCUUGGAGCCGUAUGGUAUCUACUAUCCGUUGAGCGACAGUAUGCCUGCUGGAAGCAGGAAUGUAAGAAGGAAUGGAAUGGCACACACUCUCCGUCUUGCGAAUUGUCAUUUCUUGAUUGUACAAUUGCAGAAGGCCCUGCACGGGAUGCUUGGUUACAGACCACUAAGCUCAUGACUACUUGUAAUCCUCGCGGAAAUUCCAUUGAUUUUCAGUUCGGGAUGUUUGCUGAGGCCUUUGUGGAGGAGGUUUCUUCGGAGAAUUUUAUUCCUAAACUCUUUUACUGCCUUUGGUGGGGCUUGAAAAAUCUCAGUUCAUAUGGUCAGGGUUUAAUGACAGGUACUUACAAAGGGGAGAAUCUGUUUAGUAGUUUUAUUUGUAUUGCCGGUUUGGUUCUCUUCGCGUUGUUGAUUGGCAACAUGCAGGCCUAUAUGCAAUCCACAAGCGCGAGACUUGAACAAUGGCGUGUAAGGAGAAGUGAUACAGAGGAAUGGAUGAGGCACCGUCAAUUACCCGAGGAGCUGCAAGAUCGUGUCAGGCGAUUCAUUCAAUAUCAGUGGCUAGCUACAAGAGGAGUUGAUGAGGAAGAGAUCGUAAAAUCUUUGCCUUUGGAUCUUAAACGUGGUAUCCAAAGGCAUCUCUGUCUUGCCCUCGUCCGCCAAGUGUCUUUCUUCUCACAAUUGGACGAUCAACUCUUGGAUGCAAUAUGCGAACACCUGGUCCCCUCACUGAACACGAAAGACACCUACAUUAUCCGCGAAGAUGAUCCAGUAAACGAAAUGCUCUUCAUAAUCAGAGGCCAACUAGAAAGCUCCACAACAAACGGUGGCCGCUCCGGAUUCUUCAACUCCAUCACAAUCAAACCCGGUGACUUCUGCGGAGAAGAACUCCUAACCUGGGCCUUAGUCCCCUCAUCAGACCACCUCCCCUCCUCAACCCGAACCGUCAAGUGCCUAACCGAAGUCGAAGCCUUCGCAUUACGAGCAGAAGACCUCAAAUUCGUCGCAAAACAAUUCAAGCGUCUCCACAGCAAGAAAAUCCAGCAUGCUUUCAGAUACUACUCGCACCAGUGGAGGACUUGGGGGACUUGUUUCAUCCAAGUCGCGUGGAGACGGUACAAGAGGAAGGUCUUAACAGAGGAGCUCAUGAAAAAAGAGAGCUUGUACUAUAAAUACAUGGCAGAGUCUGCGAAGAAUCAUGACUUUGAAGGUGAACAAAGUGAAGGCUCAUCAAAGGAUCAUAGAAACGAGCAGCAUCUUGGAGCUACGAUCCUGGCUUCACAAUUUGCUACGAACACUAGAAGAGGGGUUGACCAGAAGCUUGCCAGGGUUAAUCCUGAUGACCCCAGCUUGAAGAUGCCCAAGAUGUUUAAGCCUGAUGAGCCUGAUUUUUCUGCAGGAGGGUAUGAUUGAUCAGUUAUUAGGGUGCGUCAAGAGAUUCGAUCAGUUAUUACGCAUACAUGUAAAUUUAUCGAUGUUGUAAGAUUCGGGCAUAAUUUUGUUGUUGUACAUAGGUAAAAAUUAUCAGAGAUUUGUCUAAGGAUUUUUGGCACAAUAAUAUAUUUAAUUUUAUUAGAUGUCU